CCCUUCAGUCCAUUUCUUCUAGAUCCAUCGAAACCACGAGCACGUACAUCGUCUAUUGUAUUGUUUCUCAUACUCUCCUAUCAAAUCCCUACAAUAGGAACCUCGAUCCUCUGUAGAAACUAUGUAUCAACCCUUACUUUUUCCAGUCCCCCAGUUUUUUUUCCCCAGAUUCUUCCACACUGCCUACACAGUGGCUACCUGUGCUAACAGAAACAAUGGAUCCUGCGUGAAUAUCGACCCCCCAACUUUUUUUUUCUUGUUUACAUGUAUAGUUGAGAGGAUAUAG